AUGUCUUUUGUAAAAGAAGUAGCUGGUAUCUUAGAGAAAGAGUUUCCCUUAGAAAGAGCUGAACAAUCUUGGGAUAAUGUUGGUAUUCUUUUGGAAUUUACUGAUAAGGAAAGAAAAGCUCUUUUAUGUAUUGAUUUAACCCAUGAAGUUCUGAAUGAGUGUGAAGAACUAGGUAUUAAGUGUGUAAUCUCUUAUCAUCCUGUUAUCUUUACUCCAGUGAAGAAGAUAAACACAAGUACACCUCUUCUUUAUCGUUGCAUAAAUUUAGGUAUGUCUGUUUAUUCACCACAUACUGCUUUAGAUGGUGCUUCAAAUGGUAUUAAUGCCUGGCUAGGUGGACUACUAACUGGUACAGAACUAGUUGAUACUUUUGGGUUUAUUCAAGUCUUCAAGAACAAGUUAACUAUUCAAGAGAUUCUUAAACAACUAACUACCCAUUUAAGUCUUACUUGUACCAGAUAUGCCCUAUCUGAUCGGCAUAAUUUAAGUACGAUCCCAGAGAUUAUAGCUACAUCGGCCGGUUCUGGAGCCAGACCACUUAAAAGACUAGUAGAUGAAGGAGAUCCACCCCGACGUGAUAAACCUACCUCCUUAGCCCUAGCCAUUACCGGUGAAGCAUCUCACCAUGAUAUUCUAGCUCUUAAUAGAGCCGGAGUUUCACUUAUCAUUCUUGAGCAUACUCGUAGUGAAAGAGGAUUCCUCAAAUGUCUUCAAUCCAUUCUCAAUGCCAAUCUAUCAGGCGACUUCCCCAUCUCCCAAAAGGACAAAGACCCAAUCGAGUUCUUCCUCGCCCAAUAA